UGACAGGGUUCUACCCUGUGGUCCUUAGAGAGUCAGGCAGUCAGUAGUUUGGGUAGGUCUAUGUGGUGAGGAGCGGGACAUUGUCGUGCACCUGAACACCAUGGAUGACUACCCCAUGUAUGGUCUACUCGUUGGGUUCUCCCUCUGGGGAACCCUUUGGCGUUUCAUGUUUCCGUUGGGAUUCUGGAACACCUUUGCGUGUAGGGUAGAGACCAAGGGUGGUACGACCACACACCCCUACACACCUGAAGAAGAGGCCAAGGCCACCGCCAUCCUGAAAGAGAGGAGAGAGGAGGCGGCCAAGAAGAAGGCCUUGUUGGAAGAGCAGGUGGCGAAGCUGAAGAAGAUGGAGGAGGAGAUGGCCAGAGAAAAAGAAAGACUGAAGAAAGAGGAGGAGGCGAAAUUGAAAGAGGUAGAAGAGGAGGAGGAAGAUGAUCAGCCAUUGGAAAGGAGGAGAUGGCAACGGGGGCAGGCCAGUGAAGUUAAGCAGGAUGAAAUGAAGAAGAAAAUUUCGGAAUGGGUUGCCAACUUGUCCUUGGGAGAAGAAGAGGAGGUUGCAAUGUAUAUCCCCAAGGAUGAGCAAGAAGCCGCCGUUAAAGCAUGGGAUGCAGAGGAAGACCCCCUGAAGCGGCAGGCAAUGGAAGAUGAGACGAGGAUGGAGUGGAGGCUCAGGAUGAUGAGGGAAAAGAAAAAGAGAAUGGAGGCGGCGAGUGCAGCGGCCAAGGGACUAGAGGAGGUGAAAAGCUUGAGGGAACAACUGGCUGCCCAGACGGAUCUCCAACGCAAAGUGGAGGUCAUCGCCCAGAAUGUUGAGCGUCUGGCCCAAAUACAAGGGGAACAAUAUGAGUUUAGUAGAAGUCAGGAUAUGGCCGUGCGCUCGAUGCGAAUGGGAUUUCGGGAUUUUGCCCGCGAACUGGUAGGCGCAGUAGGGGCCGAGGUGAACCAUCGCCUCGAGAAGACUGAACGGUUUUGCGUGGGCGCUAUUGAAGGCGUCAAGCUGACAGCCCCUAAAGAGGAAGAGGCACGCCCUCGCAGGGAGCCAGUCAAAGUCAAGUUCCUCGAUUCCUACAGUGGAAAGAGGGAAGAGAACUUUGACAAUUGGGAGGCCAACGUCAAGACUGUCAAAGCCUCUGAUAGGCUCCAGAAGGGUGUUAUGGACGAGUGGGUGGCUGUCCUUGACCAUGGGGUCACAGAGACCCAGUUGGUCAACCUCUUCUACAGGGCUAUGCCCGAAUCUCUGAGAGGCCACUUCUUUGCAAAGAGUCGAGAUCCUGCUACGACGUAUGACGCACUCAGCAGGGAAGUGGUAGCCUUUGAAGCAAAGUCCGCGUCAGUAUCCACUUUCUGGCACAAGGACCUGGAUAAAGUGUCCAUCGACUUCAUGGACGCAAGCAUCAAGAGUAGGCAUGGCAAGAGCCAAGUCAUGGUGAUAGUCGAUAGGUUUAGCAAGUAUGCUGUGUUUGUACCUUUGCCUUCAGAGGCACGAACGAAAUUAGUGAUCCGUAAGUUCUUUGAUCAAUGGGUCAGUGAGCACGGGGUCCCAUUGUCCAUAGUUAGUGAUAGAGACACGCGGUUCACAAGUCAGAACUGGCAGGAAUUGAUGAGAGUCUAUGGCUCUAAGUUGUUGAUGUCGUCUGGCCGUCACCCAGAGACCAACGGCCAGACUGAACAGAUGAAUAAGAUCAUGCAGCAAGUUCCGAGAAUGUACAUUAGACCUGAUCAGAUUGACUGGGAUGAGAUGCUCCCCAAGGUAGCCAGUGCUUACAACAAUAGUGUGCAUCUGUCUACGUGCCGCACUCCCAACGAGCUGUACAAGUCCUUUAGGCCGCGCAGACCGUUUGAAGGACUCAACCAGGAUCAGAUUCAUAGGCUACCGCCCGGUGCUAGGGAGUUCGCUCUCCAGCACGAAAAGGAACUAGCUACUGUUGUAGAGAACCUCAAGAAGGCCCAGCAUAGGAUGAUAGAGCAAGCCAACAAACAUUGUCGCCCAUCACAGUUCCAAGUAGGCGACUUAGUCUGGUUCAAAGCUAAAGAGUUCGCUCCUGAGGAGAACAUCUCCCAAAAGGCUGCGCCUGAAAAGUUUUAUGUUGCCUUGUACAGCGCCGGACACAAAGACCGGCGAUCAUUUGGACGAGCAGCACUGGACAUGGAGGCCAAGCUCCAUGUUCAGGCCCCCUCCAGUGACAGGAGGAAAGGCGCCUUCCCUCGCGGUGGUAGAAAGGGAAAGGCGGCCUUCGCAUACACGGGCUCUGGGUCAGCCUCUGAGAUAGGAUCCCAGCCUGUGGCUGAGAGCAGUCAACCCAAGGAUCGAUUGGCAGAUCCCCAAGUUGAGCUGCCCAACAGCAAGGGGGUGUAUCAGCCGUGUAUGAUUGCAGCUGAUCACCACCCUAAGACAUCCUGCUUCUGCCUGAGAGCGAGAGAGUUUUAUGCUCUCUCACGCCAGUACGACCACGAGCGCCUGUUCAUAGCUCUGGUCAAGCAGACAGACGCUCCUACUCCUCCCUGUCCUCCUGAGAUACAACAGGUUGUAGACCAGUAUGCUGAUCUGAUGCAGGAGCCCUUUGGGUUACCCAACCGUCCAACCAAGCAUCACAUUGAGCUGCUGCCAGGAGCGGUCCCUCCCAAGGGCCGCAUCUACAGGAUGUCACCUGCUGAGCUUGAGGAGCUCAGGCGACAGCUUGAGACCCUGACCAGCAAGGGCUGGAUCAGGCCCAACACUUCUGAAUUCGGUGCUCCAGUCCUCUUUGUUCCAAAGGGGAGUGGUGAGUUCAGAAUGUGCAUAGACUACAGGGGUCUCAACAAGAUCACUAGGAAGAGCACAGAGCCACUUCCUAGGAUCGAUGACCUUCUGGAUAUGGUCCAGGGCUGCACCAUUUUCAGCAAAGUCGACCUCAAAUCUGGCUAUCACCAGAUUGAGAUGGCAGAGGAGGACGUCCAUAAGACGGCCUUCAAAACCAGGUAUGGUACUUAUGAGUACCUGGUGAUGCCAUUUGGACUUUGCAAUGCACCUGGCACAUUCCAGACUGAGAUGCACCGCAUAUUCAGGCCGUACCUGGAUAAGUUUAUGGUUGUCUACCUGGAUGACAUCCUGGUAUUCAGCAAAACUACCAAGGAACAUGCGGAGCACCUGGCUCUGGUUCUUCAGUCGUUACGUGACAGCCAGUACAAGAUCAACAAAGAGAAGUCCUCUUUUGGAGUUCCCUCUGUGAUCUACCUGGGUCAUAUGGCCUUUGCACGACUCAAACAGGCCUUGACUCGUGCACCUGUUCUGAAGUUACCUGACCCCACUUUGACAUUUGUCCUGACCACUGACGCCAGUCAAUAUGGCAUUGGGGCAGUACUUCAGCAGGAUGAUGGGAAUGGUCUGAGACCUGUCGAGUUCAUGAGUAAGAAGAUCAAGACUCAGGAGCUUCAGGACUCUACCUACGAGAAAGAGCUGUAUGCUCUUGUCAGUGCCCUGAAACAUUGGAAGCACUUUCUCCUGGGCAGGCAUUUCAAGAUCUUUUCUGAUCAUUCCACCUUGCAGUGGUUGAAGUCCCAGGGAGAGUUGAAUGAUAAGUUGGCACGCUACAUUCAGUUUAUCGAUCUGUUUGACUUUGAACUGGAGCACAAGAAGGGCGGCUACAAUAAAGACAUGCCGAGGCAAGAAGUCACUACGAAGGUGGCAUCACCAACUGUGGUAAGCUUAUCUUCGAACCCUGGCAGUGCUUCUGCCGAGCACUUCGCAGGGAAACACCUCGGGCCAAUAGGAGUUUUAGCCGCUCUUACUGGCGCUGAAGUGGUUACGUUGCCUUCUCCACUUCAUGUGUUGGCCAAGGCUAGUGGCCCACACAUCGCCCCGCAGACACAUUCAGACCCACCGACGCUCUGUUCGAGAGAUGUGUCGGAGUCCCUAGAAGAGUUACAAUCUGAGUGGUCAGGGAAGGACCCCAGAGAUUCUUGGGCGAUGAUUAGUAGAGGUCCAAAGGGUGAGCAUUUCGUGGUAGAGGUUGAUGUAGGUGGUCGCAAAGUUGGCGCCUUUGUAGACACAGGCUCUACGCGGAGCUUCAUCAGUCGUGCUUGUGUGGAUAGACUGCGCUUAGGGGACCAAGUGCAGCGGCUUAGCAGAACUGUAGCUUCUGCACCGGCCAACAAGCACCAAAUGUUGGUUAAAGACCAUGUCAAGGACGUAGUUUGUACCUUCUCCUAUGGAGGAGGGGAAGUGAGACAUAAAAUCUCAUUCCUCGUUAGCGACGAACUGCCCUUCGAUAUGCUAUUAGGCAUGUACUACCUCGAGGUCGCGCAGCCUCAGUUUGAUUGGGAUAGGAAGGUGUUGAUACACAAGUUGUCAAACGGUAGAACCGUUAGACUGCAAAAGUACAAAGCUAGCAGUCUAGUGGAGAACUACGGCUACAUGUGUGCUUCGUCUUGCUUUAACUACUACAAGCAGAAUUGCGAGGAGGGCAUGUAUCUAGUCUUUGUCUCUACAAAAGGGGAGGCCGUUAAAACACCCCUAGAGAUAGAAUCAAUCGUCGCACAAUAUUCCGACCCUUUUGAGGAGCCCACAGGCGUGGUAGAAAGGGAGGUGGUCCAUGUGAUAGAGGUUGUCCCAGGUAGUAAGAUGGCCGCUUUAGUGAAAGAGAAGAGGAAAGAGCUCCUGAAGCGGACGAAAUUGAAAGCAAUCGCAGAGGAGCAGGCGGCGAAAAUGAAGAAAUUGGAGGAGGAGAUGGAGGAGAAGAAAAAGGUUGUCGAGGAGGAAGCAGCAGCAGAGGAAGCAGAAGAGAGAAGACACAGGGAAGCAAAAGGGGAGAGUAGUGGCACGAAGAAUGAGGAUGCAGAGAUGGAGAAGAAGAUCAGCGAGUGGAUAGCUAAUUUAUCGUUGGGGGAAGAUGAGGAGGCACAGUUGUAUGUGCCACAGGAGGAGAAGGAGGCGUUUGCCAGGGCACUAGCAACGAUUGAGGAUCCCUUGGAGCGACAGGAGACAGAGGAGGAGAAAAAGUUCGAGUGGAAGUUGAGAAUGAAGAGGGAGAAGAAGAGGAGGAGGGAGGAAGUUAAUUGGUUGACCGCAGAGGCGGAGAAGGAGGAGGAAGCUAGAAAGAAGGAGAAGCUUGAGUUGAAGCGGGAAGAGGCAGAGGCCGCUGAGAAAAGGCAUGUCGACUACAUCAAGGCUUUGCAGGAAUCGUUCGCAUCCUAUACCGCAGAGAUGGCAAAGGUCUGGGGUAGUAACACUUCGGCUAAGAUUGCACAGGAUCCGGAGGAGAUCCAGAUGCUCAAGGCGAAACUUGCUAGCAUGAAGAACGCACCAUCUUCCUCUAAUGCCAGUGGCGAGAUGCAGACAAAAAUCGAGGAGCUAACUCGUAAGAUCAAUGAUCUUACAGCGGAACUCGCCAAAGUCGCAGGCGAAAAGAAAAGGCCGAAUGGUGUCGUCAUCAUGUCAAGCCCUCCUAACGAGACUGCAAAGGGGAAACAGAAGAUUGACACCGGCUCAUCGAUCAACGAGGAUCGAUGGAGGAGAGAGAUUGAGAUGAUGAGAAAAGACAUCCAGGCGAGAGAAGAAAGGGAGAAAGAGAGAGAUAGGGAGAUAAAGGAAAUGAAAGAAGUGAUCCUGCGUCUUUCCACCGCACACAUGCCCGCGCCAACGGAACCUAAGGUGGUUCAGACAAAUCCUAAGCCGCCUGUCGACCCCCAGUCCCUCUUCCUCCAGACCCCCUCCCACCACUCUGCACCCCCGAUCCCCUAAUCCGCCUAAUCUCUCGUCCCCCCCGGCGGAGUACCAUCCCUAGAGGUAGAGGCAUGUCUAUCGAUGAUAUGCUACAAAGGCUACUCGUCUCCUAUGGGCCUCCGAUCUCGCAGAUUGUCGACCUCUUCUGUGCGUCCCCCCGCUAACGGUCGUUUGGAGUUUAUGUUGGAGCAGAAGAGAACCCUCAUGAAGCUCCCCUGGGGGGAUCUGAAAACGGAGUGUGAGGAAGUGGGAAUUGACUACUCCGUUAAAGAGAAGUCUGCAAUGGAGCUGGCCGAAUACCGUACGAGGGAGCGCUUCGACGAGGGAACAAAGAAGGAUAGUGAGGAAGAAAGCCAUUUUGAUGAUAGCUGAACACGUAACCUUUCUGAUGACGAGCGGUGGGAUUGGUGUGUUGGUUUGAUUAAGGCCAGGGCUUGUAGGACUUUGGAGUCGAAUUUUUCUUCGCUGAUUGAAAAUGCUUUAAGAACUAUUAUUUGCAUUAUGAUUCUUAAUGGGGAUUUUCCCUGGGCCAACAAAUUCGCACCGCUCAUUAAGAAAUUUCUUGACGAUGGUUUUCUCCCUUCUUCCUCCUCUUCCUGUGUAUGCUUUUUUCACCUUUUUUCAAGCAAUGUUAUAUUGGCCUUACUAAUCGUAAUACUAACUGUAGAUGGAAUGAACAUGUGCAGAAAAC